AUGCCAGGCUUCCUCAAGGCUCUCGCUCUCGGCUCUGGCCUCGUCGCUUCGACUCUCGCAACUCCCACUCCCAUCCAAGUCGAGCGCGAAGCCGUCACUCCCGCUCCAACCCUCCAAGAGCGCGCCGCAGCCAUCUCCAACCAAGCCGAGCUCGACAAUGCCGCCUCCAGUUUCAGUGCCGACUUCGCCUCCGUCCUCGCCGCCGCCUCCGUCGGCGAGGCCAUCUUCACCAACAUCGUGCCAGCCCCGGGCCCAACCGCCAUCCCCCAACUCCAGCAAGAACUCCAGACCAUCGCCGAAGCUAACCCCAACGACUUGUUCAAGUCCGGAAUGGAGAUCCUCUUGAACGGUCUGGCCGGAGGCGACUACGCGGACAUCAUCCAGGCGUAUGCCGUCGAGAACAACCAGGACAACGUCAACCCCAUCCCCGCUCCCGGGAUCUACCCCAAGAAGGAGUCGGACGACGCGCCGUACGAUUUGUCGGAGCAGCAGCUGAGGCAGAUCAUCUACAUCCCUCCCGACUUUGGAUAUGGAAAGAACGGACUGAUGCCUGUCUUAUUCUUGCCCGGCACUGGAGCUGUGGCGGGCUCGAAUUUCGGUCCCAACUACGGAAAGCUGUUGAAGGCGCAGGGUGUCGCGGAUCCCGUCUAUGUCAAUUUUCCCGGUGAGAAUUUGGCGGAUAUUCAGGUUGCGGCGGAAUAUACGGCCUAUGCUAUCAACUACAUCUCUGCCAUUUCGGGAGGGAAGAACGUAAGUCGUCCAUAUGUUUUCAUGUGUACGACUACAAAACUAAUAAUGUAUAUGCCCACAGGUCUCCACGAUCUCCUGGUCCGCCGGCUCCCUCGACGGCCAAUGGGCGCUCAAAUACUGGCCCUCGACCCGCAAAGUCCUCUCCAACAAAAUCGGCAUCUCGCCCGACUACCACGGCACCAUCGAAGCGCAACCCCUCUGCCCGGGCUUCCCCACCCCGGGCUCCGUCCCCGCCGUCUGCCAGCAGCAAUACAAUUCCACCUUCAUCCGCACCCUGCGCAACCACGGCGGCGACUCCGCCUACGUCCCCACGACCAACAUCUACAGCAUCUUCGACGAAAUCGUCGAACCCCAACAGGACCCCAACGCUUCCGGCGCCCUGCUCGACGCCCGCGGCGUCGGCGUUUCCAAUUUCGAACUCCAGGCCGUCUGCUCCGCCCUCCUCCCCGGGGGGUCGUUCUAUAACUCCCACGAAGGCGUCCUCUACAACGCCCUCGGCUACGCUCUCGCCGUCGAUGCUCUCCAGAACGGCGGCCCGGGUCAGUUAGGCAGGGUCGAUGCUCUCUAUCAGUGCGAGCAGUUCGCCACGCCUGGGCUGAGUCCCGCGGAUGUUUUUGCUACGGAGGCGUUGAUUCCCGAGGCUGUGGUUGCUAUUCUGGCUUUUGUGCCCAAGGUUGCGAUGGAGCCGCCGAUCAAGGCGUAUGCGCAGAAGGACGUUCCGCAGUAG